AAGACUGCUCAGUUUUACUGGUAUCUAGGCCAUUUAAUGGAAGUGUUUUCAAUGGUAUCCUUUACUGUAUCAAAUUUCUUACCUUCUCCGAUUUCUUCAACUUCCAAAUUUUUUUACACUUUGUCAAUUUUCUCAAUAAUAUUAACCUAUUCAAUCGUUAUUUUAAAAACAUAUCCCUUGGGUUUCGUUAAAACUCUAUUUUCAAAUCCUUUGAAAAUCAUCAAUGAUAAUAAUGUCCAGUACCUUUUAUUAUCCAUUUUUUUCUAUUUAAAUUUCAAAAUCCAGUCUUUAAUUCAAGGCUCUUUAUACCCUUUCACGAUCUACUCAGUUUUCCAUUCUCUAAAUUAUUUCAGAGAUUUAAUUCUACCCAUCUUACCUCUAAUCAACACCAAUCUUAAAACCAACAUAAAUACAAAGAUUAACUACUUGAUUAAAAACUACUACGAAACCUCACUAACUAUAGCUGCCAACUCGGAAUUAAUUAUAAUUUUCCAACUAGUAAUGGACAUUAUUAAAAAAUUUGUAAUUCUUUUUAUUUAUAGAAACACUCUACUAAUAUCGGAGAUCUUCAAGCUAUUCUUUAUAACUUCCUUUUAUCUAAUCUUCAUCAAAAUUAGAUAUAACCAAAAUAACUACAUGAAAAAUGUUGUCAAUACCUAUGACUACAAAAUUAACGUUUUCUUAUCUUCAAAUCAAAGAAUUCCUUCUUUCAUUCAAAACUUUUGGUAUAGCAUUAGACAUAUGAUUAUCUUCUACCUAUCUCCAAUCAGCCUCCCUUCUCCUCCAAAUAGGCGUUAG